AUACUUCUUCGAUUGGAAUCGCUUUAAGAGCUAAAUAAUCGUAGGAGAUUAAAAGAAGAAGAAGAAGAAGAAGAAGAGGAUUGCGGAACUGUUUUGCACUUGGACUGAGUUUAGGUCGGACUUUUUUGAUGUAACAUCAAGGACCAGCUCUCUACAAAUCCAUUUUGUGAUACGUGCUAACGUGGAAUAGAGUUAAAAUAUAUUGAAUUAUACACUAGACUCCUAAAUUUGCCGAAUUUAACGUAGAAAAAUUAGAUAAACGUACUGAUUAGAAAUAUUUAAGGUUUAUAUCGUCAAACAAAUCUGCCUAUUUUUUAACUUCCGGUUCCGGCUUUGUGUUUCUAGGGUGUUUUGGUUUCUAUGCUGAAACUGCGUGUGUUUAAAUAACGGAUUACUGAAACUUUUUAAGCUAAACCGUUUUAAGGUAGAUCUAUAGACAAAAUGCAGCGACCACAUUUCCGAGCUCCGUAUCCAGCAGCUGGUUCGAGAGGCGGAGGAUUCCGGACUCCUCCGGCCGCUUUGGACAGGGCAGGAGGCGGCAGGUUCCCUUCGCCUCCGUGGGCUUUUCCGAACGGGCCGUAUGGACCCAGAUUCGGGUCGUAUGGCGGUUCUCCGGUGUCACACACCUCACCAAGGGAGUUUAGCAGUAAUAGAGGCGGGAUAUAUCACACCAAAUCCGCAGGACACACACCGUACAGACCGAACAGUAGUCCUACAUCCAGACACUCGCCUUACCAGAGUCCUGGAGCUCACAGCGGAUAUCAGGGUUCUCCAAGGACAUCCACGCCACACGACAGGGACAGAGGCACAAACAAUAUGGAUAAGUAUUACAAAGCGUCCAUGCUCCAGGACCCAUGGGCUAAUCUUCAGCCCGUGUCAGUGACCCAGACUCAGUCCAAAUGCAGCUCCCAGCAGGCUACACACACAGGCAGCACAGGAAGGUACUACAACAAAAACUAAAUUGCUUAAGCAAAGACUUUUUGUUGCCAGCUCUGCAGUUGCUUAGAGUUUGGACACAAAAACCCAGACUUGGAUUCACCAGCAGCAGUAACACUUCCCAUGCUCAUUGUUUACAGCAUUUUCUUUUUAGAUUUUAUAUCCCGGGUAUCGCUACCCUAUUGUACUUUUUUUUUGUACGUUUUAAUUUAAGUAUAGGAUCCGAACAUGCACAAGAGCGGUUGUGCUUUACCUCCUCAAACACAUUCAUUUCAUCAGCUUCUAAACCAGAUUUAUUAGCUUCUUAAUGCAGUGCUUUCACUUCACACUAAAAUGUGUGUUGAAUCAGGAAAAAAAAAAAAACACAACAUGCAUCCGAGCUUCCUUUUUAGGGAAUUAUUCUGGAUAAAUAAUUAUUGCCUGUGUGUGUACACAGCAUUAAGAGGUCUAAUCUACCUCUGACCCGAUGCUGUUAACAAACUCAACCAGCAUAACCUUUUUCUAGACAUUAUAUUCAAAUUUUGUACAUUUGUCAAAUUUUCUUGACUUUUUAUCUUUAAUUUUAGUUCUGACCUGUUAAUUUUUUUUGUUUUGUUUUUUAACACAUUCUCAGGAUUUCCUAAAUGCUUUGGUACCUCAAUUGAGAUACUCUUAACUAAGUUUGAAACGAGAAUAUUUGGUGAAAAAAUAUAUUUAAACCCUUUGAUGUUUUUCCUCUGUGAUGUGAUUUACCGAUUCGGAGGCAUCUUUUAUGUUCCAGUCAAAAACGACAAAUGAAUCAUAAAAUUUUAUAUCUUAAAAUAAUUUUUUAAAAUGAGACUUGAUUUCUUUCUGUAAAUUCUUUCACCGGUUGUAAAUAUAUUUCAUGAUGUCAUGCAAAACAUCUGACUCUUGUUAAACUCUUUCGGAUAUGCAAGAACGAUAACAUCCACAUAAAGUUAUUAAAAAAUCUUG